GCGACCAACUACAAAUUUGGUCGCGGAAUGUCACAUUUUGCCGACCAAAAAUAAAUUAGUCGCGAAAUGAGUAUUUUUAGCAACAAAUAUUUUAGUCGCCGUUGAUUAAGAUUUGGCGACUAAAGAAGUUUGUCGGCAAAGGUACUUUUUCUGCGACUAAUCUGGUCUUUUAGUCGCCAAAAGUUUAGGAGGCAAAUUUGAAAGUCUGUCCAGGCAGGAAUUGAAUUUUUUCUGCGACAAAAAAAUUUGGUCGCUAUUUUUAAAACGACGUCGUUUUGUACUAGGAAAAUAGAAAAAAAAAAAAAAGAGAAAAAAAAGAAAGAAAACAAAGCCCUAAUCUCUUCUUUAUCCAGCCCGCUCUCUGUGUAUGUUGGUCUGCCCUCUCUCUCUCUCUCUGUGUUCUCUCUCUCAAUCAAUCGGUGCCCACUCUAUGUAGCUCACCGAAGUUCCUCACCACCAUUGCUCACGUCCGUCGCACAUCGCCACCGCCGGAAAUCGCCAUCGCCCUCUGUCUAAUGGACUCCUCAUUUCUAGAAGAUCCUCACCCAAUCUCACCUCAUCUCAGACCAACGUCGCACGCCACUACUAGCGCCACUGCCGCCGCCGCAUCCCCUCGGUUUGUCUGUCUCUCUCUCUCUGUUUCUCGCUCUCUCCCUCUCUACCCUUUGCCCUCGGUCUCUCUGUCUCUGUAUAUAUAUAUAUAUAUAUUGCGGUGAUCAUCCGUACGGAGACAGGGAUUUGAGCCCUGAUUGAUGAUUUUGAAGAGGUUUGUCAUGAUUUUGCGGUAUGAUUUUGAUUUUGAGGUAUGAUUUUGAUUUUGAAGAGGGUUUUUCGCCAUCUGGGCCGUGGUUCAAUCCCCUGUUCGGUUCGAAUCUCAUUUCAAUCUGCAAACAUGCAUGCCAAUCACUUGCUUCUCGAAGAGCCUAUCAGGAUGGCCUCCAUUCUAGAGCCAUCUAGAGCCAAUUUCUUCCCCGCAACGACAAAGAUCGUUGGGACUUUGGGCCCCAGGUCUCGAUCUGUCGAGGUCAUCUCUGGUUGCCUUAAAGCUGGAAUGUCUGUGGCUCGAUUCGACUUUUCGUUGGGGGAUCCUGAGUAUCACCAAGAGACUUUGGAAAACUUGAGGGCUGCUGUGAAGACCACUUAUAAGCUUUGUGCUCUUGAGAACCCAGUGAUUGAAGAUGAAGAUGAUGAGGAUGAUGACGAUGAAGAUGAUGACAAAGAUGAAGAUGAUGUUGAAGGUUACAAACAGUCGAGGAGAUGUUCUCCAAUGUAGUCAUUACAUGCCUGUUGUUCGUCGAGAAGGAAAGGCUUUGCCUUGUGUAUUCUAUUGCCAUGGAAACAGGUUAGAAAAUAAAUGUGGAUGAGUAGAGAUUGUUCUUAUAGAAAAAGUAAGGAUAGUAUAUGGAAUAUCAAAGGUCUGUCUAAUAUUUUUUCUAAAAAUAUAGGUCCUUUACUUGCUUUCUGUCAUAGUAUGGAUGAGUAUUAAGCUGGUAGAUAGUUGAAUUCAGUGUUGACUUGGGUUUCUAUUUUGCAUAUCGAUUAAUAGACUAAAUUGAGCUGGUGAACUUAGAGGGAAUUAUGCAUCUAAUUAAAAUUAUCUUUUUGUUUAUUUAUUUAUUUUUUACCUUGACUAGUGUUGAUUUGGGGUUUGACUGAAUUUUAUUGGUUGGAUUGGAAAUUGGGUUUCUUUACCUACUCCUCGAAAAUCAUCAGCAAAUUAGGUCGUUUGGGUACACUUUUGUUGCAGUUAUGAUAAGAGUGGUGUGCUUAGUAAAAAUAUGUGUGGCAACUCAUGUACCUGCAUCACCGUGUCUUGAGGUAUUUCAAAAAAAAUUACCACAAUUAAUUUUCUCAAUUAGCACAUAGUUGCAUGUAACUUCUUUGAACAUGUAGACUUGAGGGAGCAGCUAUUAGAAAAACGAAACAGAUGUAAAUGAAAUGAGGUGUAAUGUGAUGAAAAGAAUAUAAAUGACUUUUUUAUUUUUUUUAUAAGAAUGGAUAUAAAUGGCCUUGAGGCCAUUUAUUGGGGCUACUUAUAAUUUUUAUUUAUUAUGAGAAUUUGUGCCAAAGUAUUCGGUGUAGCUACUUACAUUUUAUAAGGCAAAAAUACAUUAAAUAAGCUGAAAAAGUUGAUUAUUGAAAAGUUGAGAGAAGGAUGCUUUUAGUUUCUUCGUUAUGAUGAUUAGCUUUCAACUUACGAGAACCUAUACUAAACAGACCCCUUAUAGGUAGAGACAUAAUGAUGAAACCAAUUUAGGAAUUGGAUUCCACAAGAGAGAAAAUGCUGAAAUUAGGGAUAAAGAGCACUUAGCUCAAUAGAUACAAUCUCAAAAUGUCACAAACUGAUUAUAAUAAGCCUAAACCGCCUACUUGUAGACUAAAGACCCAACUAAGCACUUAUGGUUGGCUCAUGCACAGCUGGCCAUUCUAAUAGACAACUAAAUCUUAUUAUAUCACAUUACUUGGAGGCUGGAUUACAAGUUUUAUUUUAUUUGGUCGUGUGGUUGGAAGAGGGGAUGAAAAGAGUCUGGUUUCAAAAUUGAAAAUAUUUUGAUUGUCUUGAAUAGUUAUUGAGGACAACUUAGAAAACAUGACCUUUGAAUAUUAAAAUUUCAUCUUUACGGAACCAAGACUAAGACUGAUAAAAUUUCAUCUUUAGCAAGUGAUCACACUAUAACCAUCACCACAACAAUUACCAUUGUUGUCUUCUACCACCAUGCACCACCCAUCACCACUCACUACAUCCUUGGACUUUGCCAAUAAUUUAUUUUAGGAAACCAAAAUGGUGUCUUAUGGCUAACGAUCUUAUUUGCUUCAAUCCAUACCACCUUAAACAUUGCAAAACACCCACGUUUGCUAGAACAAAAUCCAUCAUUAUAGUCAUGGAAUUGUCUUGCCGUCUUCUCUCAUCUAAAAUUUUACAUUGUUUCUUUAGAAUUCUACAACACUUUGCAUUUUUUUUUUCCAAAUUUUUAAUUUACUCUCCAUUUUAAAGAUUGAUAUAGGUGUAGAAAGAUUAAACUAAAUUACUUGUGGAAUGAGAUUUUCAUUUGCAAUUUAAAUAUGGAGGUUGUGGAUCUUCUAAUUCUUAAAAGAAGUAUGGGAUUCUUAGAAACUAUGUACAACUUUUGUAUUGGCAUGUAUAACAACCCAAGUGAGUUGGUUAGGUGGAUUCUUGGAGUUUCAACUCCAGAAGGUCCCACAUGAAGUGGGCUUGAUUCCAGCUCGAGCUUGAGCACGUUUUUAUUUUCCAAAAAGCUCCAAAUUGCCUUGCUCGA